CCCUUUACGUCUAGGAAUACCUAGGGCCAUAUACGUUGUCCUCUUCCCGCGCCUCUUGCUCUCAAGUCUCUUCUUGUAAUUUUCGUUAUAACCUCUACCGCCUUCUCAUCUCUAGAAACGAGCUUAGAGCGUCGAGCUGAGCCCUGAAGUUUGGUCCGAGGCGCACUGUCAUUUCUUUAUCCUACUUUCGUAAAACUUGCGCGGCCUUGGUGCUGGCGUUGCAAAAAUAUUGACGAAUGUGGAGGCGGAGCUGCUGAGACGCGCUGUGUGGGGCCAGGGGGCCCCGUUCAGCCUCGAGAAUGCCCGGCUUCCUAGGCUGCUUCGCGUGUUGCUCAACCCCAUUAGUGCCAGAAGACCACACAGAGCUUAGCCGGGACGAGCUUAAAAAACUCUACGACCGCUCCGUUGCACUUAACGGCGGGAAGCUCUACGUGCACGGCAUCUUUGCACGGGCAAACACGCGGAAUAACAACAAGCGUGUGUACCCUAAGCACAUCCUGGAGCGGGAAGUUUCACGGUUUGAGACCGAGCACAUUCUACCCGGCACUGCGUUGGGGGAACUCGACCACCCUAACUACGCGUCAAAGUACUUCAAGUGCUUAAACCUCCCAAAUGUCAGCCACCAGGUGCUUGAGGUGGUGUGGAAGGGGGACCAGCUAUGGGGCACCAUUGAGGUGCUGCCCACGCCGUCAGGGCUGUUGCUGUGGGAGCUCUACUCGCGGGGCGUCAAGCUGGGCGUGUCCUCGCGCGGCUGGGCGUCACUGCGCAGCGACCCCACCAGCAAGUGCGUGUUCGUGGACGACGACUUCGAACUCAUCACGUUUGACUUCGUGACGGAGCCAUCAACUCGCGGGGCGUACUUGGCGCCGGUGCAGAAGAAGUACAAGCGGCCUGUGCCGGACCAGUCCAAGGUGGUGGCCAUUUCGCACCUGGGUCACGGCGUGGUGGCAAUGGAGAAAGUGUCGCGGGUGCCGGGGCCAGCGGUGCUGGUGCAGCGGGUGGCGGAGCUGCAGCGCGCGUCCGCGGCCGCGUUGAACCAGCUGUCGCCGCCCGGGGCGCCGCUGGCGUGUGGGCCGGGCGUGCUGCAGCAAGCGGGCGCGCCGCCGUCCUUUAAGCCCAGCGGCCUGGACAACCUGCUGUGCUACGGACAUUACGUGGUGCACCAGUCGGCUCCCUACUUGGACCGCGAGCAGCACGCGCGCGACUACCGCGCCCACCUCGUGAUAUUCACGGCACGGGCGCACCUCGCGGACGAGCGGCUGAACACCGGGACGUUGAGUCGCAGCGACAUUGACAACGUGAUCCUGAAUAAGCUGGUCACCAAGGAUUCAUUUGACCCUGCCUCAACCUCAUUUGCGACGCGGCUCGACCAGCCGCCGCACUUGGUCGGGGGUUUCGGUGGCGGCGGCAACGGCGGCAUGCACGCCGCUAUGGCGGCUGCGAUGGCUGCGGACGGCAUGGGGGUGGGCGCGGGUGGCAGCUUGGGCAGCAUGAUGGUCGCCAGCACAGCCGCUGCCGCCGCGGCCGCGGAGACGCAGGGGCCCCCGGGCAUCGACGCUUCGUAUGCGGUGGUGCACGCAGCAGCAGCUCGGCAACAGGGCGGGGCGCCCGGCGACCUGGAGUCAUGGGCCAUGCACCCGCAUGUGCUGAACGCCUCGCCGCACGCUGCGCCGCACAUGCAGCAAGGCGGCGCGCCAGGGACAGGCGGGCUGAAAAUCCUGCCGGUGGUCAUUCCGCCCGGCGGCGCGGGUCCUAGCAAGGCGGGAUCGGGGAGGGCGCCCGGCGGCGGCGGCGGCUACGGCGGUGGCGCAGACGAGGAUGCAUUGCGGGCAUGGCUGAGCCAGCUGCCGGGCGGUGACGCCAUGGCGCAGGGGUUCCUGGAGAUCAGGUCUUCGCUCAUCAGCUUUGCGCAGCUGUACGCGCUACAUCAGAAGCGCGUGGAGGCGGCGCUGAUGAAGCAGGUGCAGGGCGGGCAGCAGCUGCUGCCGCACCACCCGCACCAGCACCAGCAACACGGCGGGCAUUGCGGUGUGGGCAGCGCGGCGGCGGGGAUGGCGGGCAUGGCUUCGCACGGCCACGCGGGCAUGCACCAGUACGCGCACCACGCGCACGUGUAUGGCGGGCAGCAGGUACGGUGACAUGUGGCGGGCGCGGUGCCAGCAGUCCGCAGCCAUAUGUUGCAGCGGUGGUGCUGCGGUCUCCGUCACGCCCGUUGAGACACACGGGAUGCGGGGCAGUCCGUUGCAUGAGCAGCAUGGCUGUAGUCGGCGAUGCGUGCCUGCGGGCGCAUGGUGCCCGUGCUGCAGCGUAUGCGAACGCGUUGGAUUGUUGCGUCAAAAGGCCAGUCCAGCCGGCAGCUGCAGGCGCGGUUGGCCAGCUUAGGCCCGAGCGAGCAUUGGUUGCGUGUAUGAGCGCAAGUGUACGAGAUGCGGGAUGGCACGUGUGCUGGGUGCGGCUGCGUGCACUGGUCAUUCGGCGCACGCUUGGUGGCGGUGGGCUUCCAUGCUAGGUUCAGGUGGUGCUAGACACAUAAGCUCACGGCAUGCUUGGUACCGGUGGCGCAUGGGACCUUCACGCCAGCAUGAAUAGCUAGAACUAGAUUGAUCCUGCAGGAUGCGGUACUGUAUGGUGCGGCGCUUGAGUUGGCGCGCGAUUCACAAUGCGACUUGGGCUUUUGGCGGGCUUACGCAUCAGGUUGAAUGGGUUGGUCAUAUAGAUGAUUGUUAUGCAGGCAUGGUCACACUGAAGCAUAAAAGUGAAGCAGCAUGCUCAGCUGGGGGAAUGGGGACGAGCGUAAAGAUUUAGCAGAAAGGGAGAUGGGACUGCAUGCGCGGAUAUGGGUGUGUUUGUGGAAUGCUGGCCUGAAUUGUCCCAUGACGAGCGUUCCAUCAUGUAAGGGUUACAAGCU